AUGUCUCAAAUGGGUCGUGAAGGAAGACGCAAAUCGGACAACAUUUCAUUAUUUUGGCCGACCGUCUUCCCACCGACUGCAUAUAUGCAUAGGAGAACAUUCUGUAAGAAUUUCUUUCUACUAUAUUUCAGUUUUAUCAGUCACAUAUCACGUGCUCUUGUGACUAAGAUGUUCAAAGUUCACAAAUUAUGAGAAUAAGAUCUUAACCAAAAGGUUAGGAAUUUGUUGUUGUCGUGUGCAGCAAUUACUCAGCGUCAAUUGAGGAGGGCAAAGUUCAAUAUAUAGAAUAAGUGAACAGUGUUUACCGUUUAUUUGGUUUCUAAAGCGGCAGGAUGUCGGCGAUUUUUUUUAGGCUGGUGUUGGUCAGUGUUAUAGUAUUGGCCGUUAACGUUAAGGGUUACACUGACAAAUCGUUUCGAGCUGCAGUUUACGAGCACGCCACCUCUCCACCCAACAGGACCAUUGUGGUGACGCGACAAGAGGCUUUACAGUACAUGAUGGGGAACCUCGGGGUCUUCCGGUCUGCAGCAGAGGAUGCCCACCGCCAGGAUGUUGACAUAAUCGUGUUUCCGGAGGAUGGGGUGACGUACAUGGGACAUACAAGAGCAUCCAUUCGACCGUACCUUGAAUACAUACCUGACCCUAAGCAAGAAAAGUGGAACCCGUGCGAGGACUCUGACAAGUACCCCAACACGGAAGUACAGCAUGCUUUCAGCUGUCUAGCUAAGAACAACUCUCUCUACAUAGUUGCCAAUAUGGGGGAUAUUCAAACCUGUGGUGCAGAAGACACAUGCCCGCCAGACGGCCAUUAUCAAUUUAACACCGAUGUAGUGUAUGACAACAAUGGAACACUGAUAGCAAAGUAUCACAAAAUCAACCUGUUUUAUGAAUUCAUGUUCAAUCCCUCAACGUCAAACGACGCGGUCUCUUUUGAAACGCCAUUCGGAAUAUUUGGCGUCUUCACUUGUUUUGACAUUCUCUUUCGGAACCCAGUCGUAGUUCUGGCGAAAGAACGAGGAGUGGGGAACAUUGCAUUUCCAACGGCUUGGAUGGAUACCCCUCCGUUUCUCGCAGCGAUCCAGUUCCAUUCCGCGGUGGCUGCCGGUUUAGGCGUCAAUUUCCUGGCAGCCAAUAUGCACAACCCUCGAUACCGUUUCCAAGGAAGUGGAAUAUAUUCUCCAGAAGGUGCUAGAACAUAUUACUAUGAUAAUGAUAUUACAAGUGGCGGAAAACUACUGGUGUCUGAUCUUAAAAUAUUGCGUAAAAACAUGCUGUCAUACAAUCCAUCUCCAAACAGUGAAAACUUGGAUAUUGUCCAAUCACCAGAGAGUUCUGAUGAACAAACGAACAGGUCUGAUGUUUUUCAUGCUAAAACAUUUGGAGACAAUUUUAACUAUGUUCUUCUUCAAACUUCGAGUGGAAAAGCAAAGGUAUGUCAUAAUAAACUAUGCUGCACGACUUCCUACACGUCACGUGACAAUUUCACGGAAAUGUAUGCGCUCGGGGCAUUUGAUGGUUUGCACACAAAAGAGGGAACCUACUACAUCCAAGUGUGUGGCAUAGUUAGGUGCAAAACCAACGAAAAAUCUACCUGUGGCGAGGGUUCCCGAGUUUCCAACACGUACUUUACUCAUCUUGAAUUGUCUGGUACCUUCAAAUCGCCAUACGUAUUUCCGGAAAUUCUUUUAUAUGGCGAAAACACUUUCCAACUUGCGCCACCAAGCAACUGGUCGUACGCUAGUGGUAUGCUGGAAGCAGAGACUGGACUGGAUCUACCCGUGUUGUCCUUCUCACUCUUCUCUCGCGAUUAUGAUUAUGAUCUAAACAUGGCGAACUCAGCUAUUGAAUUGAAGCUCACCAUUACCACAUUCUUUGCAAUUUCAUUCACUUUACUGUUCAAGUGUUGAGCAGAUAUACUGACGAUACCUAAUUUGCAUAGCUUAAAUUUGUUUUAUAUUGUUUCAUGACAGUGCAUGCUGCAAAACUGUUCCCACAUUAAAGAAAAUGAUCUGAUUAGAAAA